AUGGAGACAGGCGGGAUCCCCAACGACUUGAUGCCCGACCUCAACGCCAUUACUGUCCUACUGUGCCUCCCACUAGCAACGCACGGCCUGUACCCGCUGCUGCGCAAGCUGCGCAUCAGCUUCCCGCCGGUGACGCGCAUCGCGCUCGGCUUCCUGCUCGAGGCCAUGGCCAUGGGCUUUGCGGCGGGCGUGCAGGGCUACAUCUACGCGUCAGGCCCGUGCUACGACCAUCCGCGCGCGUGCCCAGCGUCGCCAGACGGCAGCCUGCCCAAUCGCGUCAGUAUCGUUAUGCAGAUCCCCAUAUACGUCUUCGAGGGCCUCGGCGAGAUCUUCUCAAACCCGGCCAUGUACGAGUAUGCCUUCACCGAGGCGCCUCAGAGCAUGAAGGCUGUGCUGCAGGCUUUCUUUGCCCUCACCGCCGCAGCUGGCUCUGCGUUCGGCCUCGCUUUAACCCCAACGUACAGGGACCCUCACUUGCUGGCCAUGUACGCGUUGCUGGCUGGCGCCAUGUUUGUCGGCGCCGUUGGGGUGUAUGCGCUUCUACGGCCGAGGCGGAGACGCGGCGAUAGCGAGGCUGGCUCAUGA